GAGGAGGAGAAGCUGAAGAGCAGAGAGCACAGGACCAACCAAUCCCCCUCCUUCUCCCUGUCUGUCUCUCUGGGUUGUCUGGGUGUGAAGAAGCAGUAAUUCUUGGAGAGAGAGAGAGAGAGAGAGAGAGAGAGAGAGGGGGAGGAACUUGAAGCCUACCACCACCCAUUUGAUCGGAGCCCAGUUCUUGCACCAGCUGAGCGGCGCUUCUGCCAUUUGCUGCCGUAUUUAUUCCUCUCUCUCCUCUCCUCUCCUCUCUGUGUGUGAGCUGGGUCUGGUUUCUUGAAGAUCGCCCCCCCUUCCCCAACUUUCGGCUCCGUACGAUGGAUGGGUACGGUGGGGCCCACGAGGGCUCGCGGUCGGAUCCCUCGCCGGAGUGGCCCGACGACUCCGGGGCCGACACGGGCCUCGAAGAGCCCAUGUGGCAGCUGGGAUUGGGGAGCGGCGGCGGCGGCGGCGGCGAGCCCGACCCGGCUUACCCGGAGCGGCCCGACGAAGCCGAUUGUAUCUACUACCUCAGGACUGGUUAUUGCGGGUACGGCGCCAGGUGUCGGUUCAAUCAUCCCCGUGAUCGGAGCGCGGUCGUAGGAGCGACAAGAGCUGGUGGAGCAGAGUACCCAGAACGAGCAGGCCAGCCGAUCUGCCAGUUCUACGUGAGGACAGGUACGUGCAAGUUCGGUGCGUCCUGUAAGUUCCACCAUCCUAGGCAUGGUGCUGGUUCCAGUAGUCCUGCACGGCUAAAUUACUAUGGUUACCCCUUUCGUCCGGGUGAAAAAGAGUGUACCUACUACGUGAAAACCGGACAAUGCAAGUUCGGUGCAACGUGUAAAUUUCAUCAUCCACAACCAGCAGGCGUACAUGUUCAUGCGCCAUCACCGCCACUUCCAGUUGCACCAGCACCUAUCCCUGUAGCUGCACCUUCAUCGUAUCCAGCAGUGCAAUCCCCAUCUGUUCCUUCGUCGCAGCAGUAUGGGGUAGUCAUGGCCAGGCCUCCUUUGGUUCCCUCAUAUGUACAAGGCCCGUAUGGCCCUUUGCUGGUUUCUCCAAGCAUGGUUCCAUUUUCAAGCUGGAGUCCUUAUCAGGCACCUGUGAGUCCAUUAGCCUCUUCCGGUCCUCAAGCUGGUCCAGGAUCAAGUUCUGUUUAUGGGGUAACGCAGUUGUCUCCUUCUGCACAGGCUUUUUCGUGGCCUUAUCAACCUUCGCCUUCGUCUCUUGGCCCUUCAGUCAAUGGCCGGAGGGAGCCAUCAUUUCCAGAAAGACCCGGGCAACCUGAAUGCCAGCAUUACAUGAAGACAGGGGACUGUAAAUAUGGAUCCUCGUGUAAAUACCAUCAUCCACCGGACUUGAAUGCAUUGAAUGUAAAUUUUGUUCUUAGCCCCACUGGUCUGCCGUUUCGUCCGGGCGCACCUCCUUGCAUGCACUUUGCACGUGGAGACUGCAAAUUUGGUCCUGCAUGCAAAUUCGAUCACUCGUUUGGGUCCCUCAGUUACAAUCCAUCCGUGUCUUCUCUUGGAGACAUACCCAUCGCUCCUUUCCCUGCUGGGUUUUCCUUCGGAAUGCUCUAUCCGUCAUACUCAUCUCCAGAGUUGAGGGCCGAAAUCAUCUCCGGACCCACUGAAGAUUCUCUGCCCACAAGAUCAUCCUCGACAACAAGCAUGUCAGUUACAUCGGUUGGGUCAGCACGUCCAAGUAGCGGGCCUGCGCCUGCCCAAAUGCCUGAUCUGAGUUCUGCAAAUCCAGCUAGCUGCAACACCAAAGAUGGUCAUAGCACUGGCUAAAAGAAUGUAGCAGGACUUCUCUGGCUCCUCUCUUAGAUCGACCUUCCACAAAGUGAGAACCGUCACAAUUUUCUUAUGAGCAAUUCAACAGAUAGGUGACAUUAUUUCUUUGUAGCUCUUAGGUCAUCUCUCUGCUCUUUAAUUAUAGGGCCAUACCGUAGUCUAGGUUUUGAAUAAGACAUGGCCAAUCUUCAAAGAUAAAGCAAAACCCAUCUAGUCAUCCACCUUCCCUCGCAAAUAACUGCAAAAAGUUUCUGCAGUCAGUAGCAUACCCACCACGAUUCUACAUGAGCUUGUUAUUUAUAUCCGAUUCUUUCCCCGAAAUGGGAAAUUCCGGUCCUUGGGCAUUCAUCAUGGGAAUUGAGUGUUUGCCUAUAAGCCUUUCCACUAAGGCAACAAGCUUCAAAGUGAAACUCGCGUCACGCUUGAUCAUUCUGGUUUUCUCUGUUCAUCCCGGGUCCAUCUGUCGACCGAGGGCAUUGCUGCAAUGCAAAUUUCUGUAGAGAAGAUGUAACUUUUUGGUUUUGUGCCAAUGAAGGAUAGACUUGAUCCUUUAUACUA